GGCCUGGGCGGCGGGGGGGGCAGCGGGCAAGCCCUGGGCACUGCCGAAGUGCUCGACCUCCCGGCCCAGCGCUGGACCACACUCCCGCCGCUGCCCACACCACGGGCCGGUGCUGCCGCCCUCGCCCUGGGCAAGCAGAUCCUGGUGGUAGGUGGCGUGGAUGCGGCGCAGAGCCCCCUCGCCUCCGUCGAGGUCUACCACGUGGAUGAGGGCAAGUGGGAGAAGAAGGCAGCGCUGGCUCAGCCCUCCAUGGGCAUCUCAGCCGUGCAGAGAGACGGAGCUGUCUAUGCGCUGGGGGGAAUGGGUGCAGACACCUCUCCCCAGGCGCUGGUCCGUGUCUACGAGCCAGCAAAGGACCACUGGCAGCCCUUGCCCUCUAUGCCCACCCCCUGCUAUGGGGCCUCCACCUUCCUGCAGGGCAACAAGAUCUUCGUCCUGGGGGGACGGCAGGGCAAGCUGCCCGUCACUGCCUUCGAGGCCUUCGACCUGGAGACGAGGAGCUGGACGCGCUACCCCAGCGUGCCCAGCCGCCGCGCCUUCGCCGCCUGCGCCAUGGCUGAUGGCAUUGUCUUCAGCCUGGGGGGGCUGCAGCAGCCAGGACCCCACAACUUCUAUUCCCGUCCCCACUUUGUCAACACCGUGGAGAUGUUCGAUCCUGCGCAGGGUGCGUGGAGCAAGCCAAGCCGCGCUGUCCGCAUGAGGGAGAAGAGAGCUGACUUCGUGGCCGGCUGCCUGGGAGGAAGAGUGGUGGCCGUGGGUGGCCUUGGUAAGGGCAGCAGGGGGAUGUGGUGCCCCCUUAGCUCAGGACUAGGGGACCAGCCAUUGCUGGGGGCUAUGGCUGGGGCAUCAAAGGCAUGUGAAGAGGGAAAGGCAGAGCCUGGCAUGCAGGGCCGCUGCUCCUGCUCCAGCUGCCCGGCACCCAGCCUGCUCUUCGUCAUCGGAGGGGUGGCCCAGGGCCCCAGCAGCGCCGUCGAGGCUCUGUGUCUGCGUGAGGUGCCCUGAGCAGGGCCCUGGGGACCAGCACCGGCUGAGCACCAAGUGCCUGAAGACGAGGACAGGGUGUGUGAGCACCCGUGUGUGUGGGUGACCCAGCUCCGGGGAGCUGCCAUCCCAUGAUGCCGGGUGCCGGAGCAGCUGCGGUUUCUCACCCCAUGCUUCGGAAACCCCUCUCGGCUUCUGCACCGCUGCGGCAGCGGAGCCCAGGGCAAAAUCCUGCCUGGUGGGAGGCCCGCGGCCGGUGGUGCGGAGGGAGCAGCGGCAGCAGGACUGUUGCUGGCCACACGGCCCCAUCCGUGCCACGGCGUGUCCGUGCCGUGUGUGUAGCAGUGAGUGCUGUGUCGUCGUAGACCCAGUCGAUGUCUCAUGUAGCACAGAGGUGCCCUGUAGCUCAGUGCCUAGGAGGUGAUGUAGCACCUCAAAUAAAUGAAACACGUGGAGUUUUACCCUGCUGGAGUCAUGUCAUCCCUUGUUAUCCUGCUCCAGGCAGGCAUGUGCUGCAGCCUGUCGGGAAAAACCCUUCCCAAGGGAGAGUCUGGCCAGCCCUUCUCCAGUGGGGGCCCGUGCCGUGGGGCCCCGUGCCAUGGGGCAGGGAUGGCUCUUGCUCCUUUCCCCACUGCCAGGGAGAGCAGAGCAAUGACAUUUGGGGAUCCAACCCUCCUUUUGCAGAGGG